AUGGCCAAGUUGAUCCUGCUUACCGGUCUGGUGCUCCUGCUGAAUGCACAAAUAGGCUCUGCCUAUGUGCUUUCAUGCUACUUUACCAACUGGGGCCAAUACAGACCAGGUCUUGGGAAAUUCAAGCCUGACAACAUUGACCCUUGCCUGUGUACUCACUUGAUCUAUGCCUUUGCUGGGAUGAGAAACAAUGAGAUUGCCACCAUUGAAUGGAAUGAUGUCACUCUUUACAAAUCUUUCAAUGGCUUAAAAAAACAGAAUGGAGAAUUGAAGACUCUCUUGGCGAUUGGAGGCUGGAACUUUGGAACAGCACCAUUCACUGCAAUGGUUGCCACUCCUGCAACCCGCCAAACUUUCAUCAACUCUGUCAUCACGUUCUUGCGCCAAUAUGACUUUGAUGGGCUGGACUUUGACUGGGAAUACCCUGGAUCUAGAGGCAGCACUCCUCAAGAUAAGGCACUAUUCACUGUCCUGGUUAAGGAAAUGUUGGAAGCCUUUGAACAAGAAGCCAAACAAGUGAACAAACCCAGGCUGAUGGUCACUGCUGCUGUUGCUGCUGGACUUUCCAAUAUUGAGUCAGGCUAUCAGAUUCCUGAGCUUGGCCAGUAUUUGGACUAUUUCCAUGUGAUGACCUAUGAUUUCCAUGGCUCCUGGGAGGGAUAUACUGGAGAGAACAGCCCUCUGUUUAGAGGCCCCGCUGACACUGGUGGAAACAUCUACUUCAACAUUGACUAUGCCAUGAACUACUGGAAGAACAAUGGUGCCCCAGCUGAAAAGCUCAUUGUUGGAUUCCCAACAUAUGGACACACCUUCAUCCUCAGCAACCCAUCCAACACAGCCAUUGGUGCCCCCACAUCUGGGUCUGGGCCUUCUGGACCUUACACAAGACAAGCUGGCUUUUGGGCUUAUUAUGAGAUCUGCACCUUCCUUAAAAAUGGAGCAACUCAAGCCUGGGAUGCUCCUCAAGAUGUGCCUUAUGCCUACAAAGGUAAUGAGUGGCUUGGAUAUGACAAUAUCAAGAGCUUCAAUAUCAAGGCUGAAUGGUUGAAGAAGAACAACUUUGCAGGUGCAAUGGUUUGGUCCCUUGACCUGGAUGACUUUACCGGCACUUUCUGUAAUCAGGGGAAAUAUCCCUUGAUCACUACUUUGAAGAAUGCUCUUGGACUGCAGAGUGCUAGCUGUACAGCCCCUUCCAACCCCAGUAGUGGGAGUGGGAGUGGAAGUUCCGGAGGCAGCCCCAGCAGCGGCUCCGGAGGCAGCCCCAGCAGCGGCUCUGGAGGCAGCCCUAGCAGUGGCUCUGGAGGCAGUCCCAGCAGCGGCUCUGGAGGCAGUGGGUUCUGUGCUAACAGAGCUGGAGGCCUCUAUCCAGACCCAACAAAUCAGAACAAAUUCUACCAUUGUGUGAAUGGGAAGACCUUUGUGCAGAACUGCCAGACCGGACUUGUCUUUGAUGUCAGUUGUUCUUGCUGUAACUGGGCAUGA